AUGACCACCAAUGCACUAAGCGUAGCAAUAGUCAAACAUUUCAAUCGAGCCGAGUUCUCAGACCUUGCCAUCCGUUGCGGCAGUCGGAAGUGGUUCGUUCACAAGGUGGCAGUGUGCGCUCAGUGCGAAAUUCUGGCGCAAGCAGUCAGUGCUGGAUUGGAGCCGACACGUGCAGGUGUCCUCAGCUUGCCUGACAAUGAUCCGGAAGGCGUUGGGCUGAUGCUCGAGUGGCUCUACACCAGCGAUUACGGCGUGAUGCAACCACCAACGACCGCCUCCUCGCAUGCUGAGGUACAUGCUCGAGUCUGGUACCUCGCGGAGAAAUACCAGCUCUCCAAGCUCAUGGAGCACGCGCUUCCACGCUACUGGAAGAGCGCCGGCGAUGAGUGGUUCAACCGUCCGGAGUUCUCAGACGUCACCAUUCGAUGCGGCGGUCGCGAAUGGCCAGCCCACAGGAUCGUACUCUGCAAUCGGUCCGAAUACUUCAAGCGUGCUUUGCAGAGCGGAUUCAAGGAAGGUCUGGAGUCGGUGAUCGAGCUGCAUGAAGACGACCCGAACGCCGUCGAGCUCAUGCUAGAAUGGCUCUAA